CCUGCUGCCCCGGCGCCCGUGCGCACCUGCCCCGCGCGGCCGCUACUGGUCCAGUCCUCCACGGUCUCAGCGGCCCGGGUCGCACAGCCCCGGGCUGGACGCAGGGAGAGCCCCGAGCGGGGCCGCGAGAUGGAGGCGGUGGUCUUUGCGGAUGUGGCUGUGGACUUCACCCCGGAGGAGUGGGCUUUGCUGGACGGUGGUCAGAGGAGGCUGUACAGAGAUGUGAUGCUGGAGACCUGCAGGAACCUGGCCUCCCUGGAUUGCUACACUCAAGUUAAACCUUGUGGAUCGAGGAGUCAGCUGAAUAUUUUGGAAAAUGAACUAUCCAGUGAAGAGAAAAUAGUAAGAUUUAUAAGAAAUGAUUCCUGGGCUCUUUUUGGAGAAACCUGGGUGUUUCAUCACAUUGGAGAUCAGUCCCAGUCUCAGGAGAGAUGUUUAAGAAGUCAUUGGGUGGAGCGUGUCUGUGAGAGCAAUGAAGGUAAUCAGUGCGGAGAAACCGUAAAGCAGAUUCCAAGUCUUACUGUGCUUGAGGAUUGUCCUACUGGAGACAAAUCCUGUGAAUGCGCUAAGUGUAGGGAAGCCUUCAGAGAUAGUCCUUUCCUUGAGAAUCCAGGAACAUCUCAGCCUGGACACAAACCUAGUCCCUGUGCGGAAUGUGGGCCGGCCUGCAGCUGUGUCUCGAGGCUCAGCCCUCACACGGAUACAGACCUUGUAGAGAAACCCUACGAACGUCAGAACACUGGGACAGCAUCUAAGAGAGACUUGAAGAGUCUCAGUAAUAAAAAAUCUUUAGAGUGCAAGAAAUGUGGAAAAGCUUUCACUUGCCUGUCGUCCUUUCAGGGUCACGUGAAGGGUCACUGUGGACAGAGAGUCCAUGCGUGUGACGUGUGUGGGAAAGCCUUUUUGUAUCAGUCCUACCUUACACGUCAUGUGAGAACUCACACCGGGGAGAGACCCUAUGAAUGUGUGGAGUGUGGGAAAGCCUACAGUUGCCUCUCGUAUUUUCGAGAACAUGUGAGAACGCACAGUGGAGAGAAACCCUAUGAAUGUAAGCAGUGUGGGAAGACAUUCAAGUAUCCUGCAUCCCUGCAAGGACACAUGAUGACACACACUGGAGAGAGACCGUAUCUGUGUCAGCAAUGUGGGAAAGCCUUCAGUUGUCCCAAAUACUUUAGAAGACAUGUGAGAACACACAGUGGACUGAAACCCUAUGAAUGUACAUUAUGUGGGAAAGCCUACAGUUGUUCCUUAUCUCUUCGAGAACAUGUCAGAACACACAGCGAAGAGAGACCCUAUGAGUGUCAGCAGUGUGGGAAGGCUUUCAGACAUCCUCGAUAUUUCCAAAGACACGUGAGGAUGCACAGUGGAGUGAAGCCCUACGAGUGUAAGGAGUGUGGGAAAGCAUACAGUAGCUCCACAUCGCUGCAGGAACAUGUGAGGACACACACUGGGGAGAGGCCCUUUGAGUGUCAGCAGUGUGGGAAAGCCUUCACUCGUCACUCCUCCCUUCAAGGACACGUGAGGGCACACAGUUUGGAGAAACGUUAUGAAUGUGCACAAUGCGGGAAAGCCUUCCGUUGGUCCUCGUCCUUACAAAAACACGUGAGAACGCACAGUGAAGAGAAACCCUACGAAUGUCAGCAGUGUGGCAAAGCCUUCUGGUACCCAGCCAACCUGAGAGCGCAUGUGAAGACACACACUGAGGAGAGACCCUAUGAAUGUCCGCACUGUGGGAAAGCCUUCAGCUGUCACUCCUCCCUUCAAGUACACGUGCGAAAGCACAGUGGGGUGAAACCCUAUGAAUGUAAGGAGUGCGGGAAAGCCUUCUGGUAUCCUGUAAACCUGCGGGCACACGUGAGAACUCACACUGGGGAGAGACCCUAUGAAUGUCAGCAGUGCGGGAAGGCCUACAGGUGUCCCGCAAACCUGCGGGUCCACGUGAGGACUCACACCGGGGAAAGACCGUAUGAAUGUCAGCAGUGUGGGAAGGCCUUCAGGUAUCCUGCAAACCUGCGAGCCCACGUGAGGACUCACACUGGGGAGAGACCCUAUGAAUGUCAGCAGUGUGGGAAGGCCUUCAGGUACCCCACAAACCUGCGAGCCCACGUGAGAACUCACACUGGGGAGAAACCUGAAUACAAGGACUGUGGGGAAGUCUUCAUCUGUCCUUAAAAUCUCGUAAAUCCAAUCAGACACACUGGCAGAAAACUUUAUGAAUGUAAAGAAUGCUGGAAAACCUUCAGGUGUAGCACCUCGUAUAUUUUGUACAUAGAAACUCAGGGCUGGACAGCAGUCUUUAUUUGUUACAAACACGGUUGUGCCUCGUAAAUGCCUCAUCCAUAACAGGGAUCUCUAUUGUAUUCAUUUCCCCUGCAUGUUGCUGACAGGAAUACCUAAAAUAAAAUAUUCCUCUGCGUA